GAGGUGGAGAGAGAAGUCCCAGGGGAAGAAAAUAACCCAGAACAACCUUCGCGGGCCUGAGCCUGCCCUCUUUCGGAGCUGGGGACCCCCUCCCACCUACCGGGAGAGCCCCGCCCCCACGCCCCGCCCGCGCCAGAGGAUCAGGUGACCGCGGGCCGGCGCAGUCACGUGGCUGGGCGCGCCCGCCCGUUGUGGCCAUGGCGGCCUCAAGCUCCAGUGUGGUGAGGCGAGUGGAGGAGCUCGGGGACCUGGCUCAGGCCCACAUACAACAACUUAGCGAAGCCGCCGGCGAAGAUGAUCACUUUUUAAUUCGGGCCUCUGCAGCUCUAGAAAAAUUAAAGCUUCUAUGUGGAGAAGACAAAGAAUGUUCAAAUCCAUCAAAUCUUCUAGAACUUUACACACAGGCUAUUUUGGACAUGACAUAUUUUGAGGAGAACAAGCUAGUAGAUGAAGAUUUUCCUGAAGAUUCUUCACAAAAAGUAAAAGAGUUGAUCAGUUUUCUUUCAGAACCAGAAAUUUUGGUUAAAGAAAAUAAUAUGCAUCCAAAACACUGCGAUUUGCUUGGGGAUGAACUCCUGGAAUGUCUCUCUUGGAGACGAGGAGCCCUACUCUACAUGUAUUGUCAUUCUCUGACCAAAAGGAGAGAAUGGCUCACCAGAAAAUCUAGCUUGCUUAAAAAGUACCUUGUUGAUGGAAUCAGUUACUUGCUACAGAUGCUGAAUUUUCGGUGUCCCAUCCAGUUAAAUGAAGGAGUUUCUUUCCAAGACCUAGACACAGCUAAAUUACUGAGUGAAGGAAUAUUUAGUGACAUUCAUUUGCUGGCUAUGAUGUACAGUGGAGAAAUGUGUUAUUGGGGAUUGAAGCAUUGUGCAGAUCAACAGCCAGAAAAUCAUGAAAUGGAUACUGGUGUUUCUGGAGCAAGCUACACUACACACAAAGAACCCUUGGAUUUCCGAGAAGUAGGAGAAAAAAUUUUGAGAAAGUAUGUAUCUGUGUGUGAAGGACCCCUGAAAGCACAAGAAUGGAAUACAACAAAUGCAAAACAAAUUUUAAACUUCUUUCAGCAUCACACUAACUAGUAAGUUCAUCUAGUCCUUUUCAAACAGAAAAAGAAACAAAAAGACUCAGGAAAUGGAAGUUCCAGAAGAGAAGACAUACUGAUACUAAAUUUAAGAACAUUACAGUACAUAAAGAUAGCCAGCACGGUUACCCUUUUUAAAAUGCCAUCACCAUCUUUCACUGUAUAUUCUUAAAUCUGUGAAGGAAUGAUUCUUUAAUUUCUAAAAUGGCAUUUAUGUUAUUCUAACUCAGCCUGAACUACAGAUAUCCUGUAACUAAUACUAAGGAGAAAUCCAAUCUAUCUCUAUAAAGAUUUUUUUUUUCUAUUACUUUAGAUUUUUUUUUAUUGUGGUACAAUAUACAUAACAUAAAAUUGAACAUUUUAACUGUUUUUAGAUUAUUUUUUAAUCUCCCUAUCUUGAAGUUUGCUAUGCUUCAAAGAUUAAAAUCAAGUCACCUCUUUGCUUUGGAAAUAUGCUAUAGAUAUAAAAAUUGACAAAAUGAAAAGUUGUGACUAAUAUCCAUGUACCAUUUCCAGAAUAAGAUAAAUAACAAAAGACUCCACAAAAUAAUUUCUGUUUGUUUCACCACAUACUACUAAUGGCAUUAAAAAUUUUUAGUCUAUUAGGUAUUUUAUAAAAAUUUAAAAAUGAUUUUCCUGUUUUGUUUGAAAGAAUAUACAUGGUUUAUUAAAUGAGCAAUGAAGAUAAAAGCAAGUUAGGUUAGUCCGCCAUUAGUCAUAUGUCUUUAGGGCACAUCUUUUCAUAUAUUUUGAAAUUUUAGUAUUUUUUGUCUUUUAUUGUAGGGGCGAGUGUUAAAGGCCAAGAGCCUAACGUGGUAUCUUGCUGACAGUCUUUUUGUCUGUCUCAGUUCCUGUUGUCUUGGGAUGAUCUGUCUGAUACCUUGCCAGUAUCAGACAGAUCAUCUGGAUAUUGACUUCCUCACAUUCCAGGAACUUAACUCCCAUGGCUACACCAUGAACAUCACCAUCCUGAGUUUCUCUUUCUGAAAUGUUAAAUUUCAAUAGCUAGUGACAUUUUCAUCUUUCCAGCUUUUUACUUCCUCAUUUUUGUUGAUUUUUCUCUAUUCCUUUUCUAUCUCUUUAGCUUCUUCAUAGCCGCCGCCUCUUGCUGCUCCCUUUUCUCCUCACAGUCAGCCUCUUUCAGAUUUUUCUCCUUCCAUGUCUAGCCUCGGGCUUAUGGCGCACCAUAUGAAGUGCUCCCCACAGUCCCUUCAAAUCCAUCUUCCUCUUGUCCUUCAGCCUAAUCAUUCUGCAGGCCCUCCACAUUGAAUUAAUCCUAUCACUUCCACCUUCUUUUCUGGGAUUCUGAGUUCCAUGUGAAGUUCCUGCAGCUCCUUCAAAGUGGAAUCACUCUAAGUAUCUCACCUUCAGCUUUAGAAGAUCCCUCAGCGUAAGCCUUUCAUCUGUUACUAGUGUGGCCCCUGUCCCUUUCCCACUGUGGUUAAUCCAGACUCUAACUUGCCUCAUCACUUUCCUCUGGCCCUUUGCCCCCUCCCCUAGGACAUGGCUCUUGGUCCUGUCUUGCAAAAAAUAGAGACUAUGAAGAGGUCAGUGUCAGUUUUACCCACUUUGCCCUACUCAUUUCCCCCUUUUUUUAGAG